UUCGGAUCUUGUUUCUUCUCGACCAAUUGUUGUUCGCCUAUCCGGCUGAAAAAUCGUCGAAGCGAAGGCUCAUACAGCGACCACUCAUUGCCCGACGAAACUGCAUACAACCAACCUAUCGCAAGGCUUACCUUCGCGGUCUGGUCGUUUCUAAACACAGGCUUCACCGACGAAACUACCUACAACCCAUCCGAAGCUGUGGCACUCGCUGUUCGGAACUGUGGAGUUGGGGUUUCGGGUGUCUGCACAACAUCUACGCAGUGCCUAGCACAGGAGCCAGACCCAUUUUCUAUUCUCCUCUGGAUUGGUACUUGUAGAGAGAACCCUACUGUUGACGUGGUUCUCAAAUCAACAUCGUCAACUUUACUUCUACGAAUGUAAAUCUCGAGCCAAAAGCGAAUCGGGUAAAAAAAAAACUACUCAUGUACAAAAUCAAUUUACUCAACUCUAAAUAAGGGAAAGCGAAGGAAACACAAAAUAAAGGGAUUAUCACGCGUUUAAGCCGUGAUGGACGACCCACGGCAGUCGGCGUUUAUGCCGACGAUAAAAUGUUCCAAUUGCGGGAACCAAGUUGAGAUUUCUAUGAUGGGAGAACAUGUUUGCGGCAGCACACCUGCAGCAGCAGAACCACCCCCACCAAUGCCAGAUGUUCUGGGUGGCGCGUUUUCAUCGCUCAAGGCAAAUGUCUUUGAUAAGUUUUCUCGUGCCGCUCCCCCUUCUGUCGAUACAUCUGCCGCAAAUCGCGCGUUCCAGAAGACAGAGCAACUGACCCCGAUAAGCUCUUCUACUGGGUCUCAAGCAAUCUCACCGAAGACACCAACACAUCAACGGCCUGGUGCCGAUUUUAACAAAGAUGAUUACUAUGCACCAGCAAUCGCAGGCUCACCUAGGCGGCCAAGUGGAUAUGGAGGAUUUGGAGACCCGGGAUCUUUGGAAGCCGAUUCUACUUACGGCACGAGCCCAAAUAAGUCGUCGAAUUUCUUAGCAAGAAUGAACAUGAUUGCGCCUGGACCGUUCGAGAUGAACCGAAAGCCCGGUCUGAAAAACCCCUUCGCGCGGAAUGAUAGCCAGGAUCACACGGCAGAGUCCAAUGAUGAUUCAUUGCGAGUUAGAUAUUCCAUGGAGCGGCCAGGGACCUCGGGCUCAACGUCCUCCAAGAAUAGCAACGGCCUCGCACCCCCUAGGGCGCCUCGAGCUAAUGGAUAUAGUGGAUUUGGCGCGCCGAAGAGGGGUAGUAAUGACUUAGAGCCGGCGCCACUUGGCCUAGGCAGACGCUCCGAGACGUUUCCAGAUAGACUCCAAGCAAACGACGAAGUUCUUGACGUACCGGAGCGUGUACCCUCAGCGCCUGGUAUGAGGUCCGAUCGAAUGCGGAGUUCAUCGAAUAGUGCUAUGGAUAGGGUGGCUAUGGCUAAUGAAGGACCGCAACAGCCAUCAUUUGGAGCGCAGGAUGCGUUGCGGCCGCCACCUUUACAAGGAACAGGUUCACGCCCACCAACCCGAGACGGCAGUAGGAAGCCCUCCGUCAACCUAGGCGACGAAUUUAAUACUAACAAUCGGUACCACUCAUCUUCAAUAUCGCAAUCUUCCAGCAACUCUGGCUAUACUCACUCGUCUCGACCGAGUCAAGCCAGCUCAAACACGAGCCCGGCCCGAUCAGUAAAUUCCCGUCCAGAUGCGCGACGACCAUCUGAUAUGUCAGGUUUCGAUGCCCUAUUAGACGACCUACAAUCUUCGAUGGAUGCGAUGCAAACUAAACCACAAUCCCCUUCACCUAGGGAGCGAUCAGCAUCUGGGAGGGGCUCCGAGCCGCCGAGACUUUCCAGUCGCUUCUCGCCUCCAGAACACACCAGUCUAGACGCUGCCAGCUUCAGGGGACAGGAUCCGAGGGUAGAUAUGCCUGUGAUACCGCCAAUUCCAUUUGAACCUUCCGAUCGUAGUUCUGACCGCAGAGAUCCCGCAAUUCAAGAUGGGUUAAGCCAAUCCCCGCCAACUCGGCCAACUCACAACCGCCAAGCGUCCAAAAGCCAGAACUCUCGUGGUAACUGCAAAGCCUGCAAGGAACCUAUCACGGGCAAAUCAAUCUCAUCCGCAGAUGGACGGUUGACUGGGCGUUAUCACAAGGCAUGUUUCGUAUGUACAACAUGCAGAGAACCCUUCUCCUCCUCGACAUUCUAUGUCCUGAACGAUCAGCCGUACUGUGAACAGCAUUAUCACAGACUUAACGGCAGUCUUUGCGGGAGCUGUAAUAUAGGUAUUGAGGGCCAAUACCUCGAGGAUGAAUCCUCAAAGAAAUAUCACCCAAAUUGCUUCCGAUGCGGAGACUGCGGUAUUGUCCUCCGCGAUGGGUACUUCGACGUGGACGGUAGAUCGUACUGUGAGCGCGAUGCCUGGAAGCGAAUCCAGUUUGCCAUGCAAGCCCAGAGACAAUAUCCACCAUCACUGAGGCCGGGAUACCCACCCCGCCGACCAAGCGGACAAAUGCAAGGACCUCCACCACCGAGGCCGCCUCGCCCUGGCCCUGGCUCUGGCUUCGUGGGACCGAGUCCUAUGGGCCCAAGCCCCAUGGGUCCGGGUCCUAAGGGGCUCAACCGGCCAUUUGGCUUACCCACCGGCAGCCGCCUGGCUCCCGGUCAAGCUCUAGGCCGUGGUGGAUUAGCUAGCCCGAUACCGAGGAUGGAGAAGAGAAUGACAAGAAUGGGCAUGCUAUAAAAGAAUUUACGUCCCGAUUUGCAUAUACAAGGUAUCUUCCCUACUUUGUAACGACGACAUGCU